UCCCUCCGCAGAAAGCCGCGCACUAGUUUUAAUCACGCCCCACCCCCUGGCCGCUGGCGCCACCUCCGCCACUCGGGCGCUUUCCAGCAGCUUCCAGAAACGUCGCCUCCCCAAACCCAGCCACUCACACAUGGCGGGCUCAGCAGCCACCGGCCCCGCCCCUCCUCGUCGCCGCAGUCGCAACUGCGUCUGCGGCCACAGGGCGGACAGCCACGCCUCUGCGGAGCGCGACCGGAAGUGCUCACGUCUUCACCUUCCCCGCCACGCCUCCGUCCUUUCAGGCCCAGCGUGCAGCAGGAAGGAGGACUCUUUUGCCGCGGACUCAAGCCGGAAGCCGCCUUCCUAGUGGAGACGCGAGUGGGGGAGGAGCAGUCCGACGGGAACGUGGGUUGAACGUUGCAACUAGGGUGGAGAUCAAGCUGGAACAGGAGUUCCGAUCGACCCGGUACCAAGAAGGGGAGUGCCCGCGGCAGGGUUCAUUGAAAAAAUCCUUAGUGAUAUUGACAUGUCUCAAGUGACAUAAAUUAGCCAAUGACUCGGAAUGAUGGAUUCUCCGAAGAUUGGAAAUGGUUUGCCAGUGAUUGGACCAGGGACUGAUAUAGGGAUAUCUUCACUCCACAUGGUGGGGUAUUUGGGAAAAAAUUAUGAUUCAGCUAAAGUUCCAUCAGAUGAGUAUUGCCCUGCUUGUAGAGAGAAGGGAAAGUUAAAAGCCUUAAAGACUUACCGAAUUAGUUUUCAAGAAUCUAUCUUUUUGUGUGAGGAUCUGCAGUGCAUCUAUCCUUUGGGCUCUAAAUCACUUAAUAACCUAAUUUCUCCUGAUUUGGAAGAAUGUCACACUCCACAUAAGCCUCAGAAAAGGAAGAGCUUGGAAAGCAGCUAUAAAGAUUCACUUCUUUUAGCAAAUUCCAAAAAGACUAGAAAUUAUAUUGCUAUUGACGGUGAAAAAGUUUUGAACAGCAAACAUAAUGGAGAAGUAUAUGACGAAACCUCGUCAAACUUACCUGAUAGUAGUGGUCAACAGAAUCCAAUUAGGACAGCUGAUUCCUUGGAGCGGAAUGAGAUUUUGGAAGCUGAUACUGUUGACAUGGCUACUACAAAAGAUCCUGCUACAGUUGAUGUCUCUGGAACUGGCAGACCUUCCCCUCAAAAUGAAGGAUGUACAUCUAAACUGGAAAUGCCACUGGAGAGCAAAUGUACAUCAUUUCCCCAGACUUUAUGUGUCCAGUGGAAAAAUGCUUAUGCUCUCUGUUGGUUAGACUGUAUCCUGUCAGCUUUGGUGCACUCGGAAGAGUUAAAGAACACCGUGACUGGACUGUGCUUGAAGGAGGAAUCUAUAUUCUGGCGGUUGCUUACAAAAUAUAAUCAAGCCAAUACACUUCUAUAUACCAAUCAAUUGAGUGGUGUUAAAGAUGGAGAUUGUAAAAAACUUACCUCAGAAAUAUUUGCAGAGAUAGAGACCUGUCUGAAUGAAGUUAGAGAUGAAAUUUUUAUUAGCCUUCAGCCCCAGCUUAGAUGCACAUUAGGUGAUAUGGAAAGCCCUGUGUUUGCAUUUCCCCUGCUCUUAAAACUGGAACCCCACAUUGAAAAGCUCUUCCUAUAUUCUUUUUCUUGGGACUUUGAAUGUUCGCAGUGUGGACACCAAUAUCAAAACAGGCAUAUGAAGAGUCUGGUCACCUUUACAAAUGUCAUCCCUGAGUGGCACCCACUUAAUGCUGCCCAUUUUGGUCCAUGUAACAACUGCAACAGUAAAUCACAAAUAAGAAAAAUGGUAUUAGAAAAAGUAUCUCCCAUAUUCAUGUUGCACUUUGUAGAAGGCUUACCACAGAAUGACUUGCAGCACUAUGCAUUUCAUUUUGAAGGCUGUCUUUAUCAGAUAACUUCUGUAAUUCAGUAUCGAGCAAAUAAUCAUUUUAUAACUUGGAUUUUAGAUGCUGAUGGAAGUUGGCUGGAAUGUGAUGACUUAAAAGGCCCAUGUUCUGAAAGGCACAAGAAAUUUGAAGUUCCUGCUUCAGAGAUACAUAUUGUUAUUUGGGAAAGAAAAAUAUCCCAAGUGACAGAUAAAGAAGCUGCCUGCCUUCCACUUAAAAAGACUAAUGACCAACACGCUCUCAGUAAUGAGAAACCAGUAUCUUCAACAUCGUGUUCUGUGGGUGAUGCUGCCUCAGCUGAAACAGCCUCAGUAACUCACCCUAAAGAUAAAUCAGUUGCCCCUCGUACUCUUUCACAGGACACAGCUGUAACUCAUGGAGAUCAUUUACUUUCAGGUCCAAAAGGUUUGGUUGACAAUAAUAUUUUACCUCUGACACUUGAAGAAACUAUCCAGAAAACAGCCUCAGUUUCACAGUUAAAUUCUGAAGCUUUCCUGUUAGAAAAUAAACCUGUAGCAGAAAAUACAGGAAUUCUCAAAACCAAUACUUUACUAUCACAAGAAUCACUAAUGGCUUCUUCAGUAUCAGCUCCAUGUAAUGAAAAGCUUAUUCAAGACCAAUUUGUGGACAUAAGUUUUCCAUCCCAAGUUGUAAAUACAAACAUGCAGUCAGUACAGCUGAAUACAGAAGAUACUGUAAAUACUAAAUCUGUGAAUAAUACUGAUGCUACUGGUCUUAUACAGGGAGUGAAGUCAGUAGAAAUUGAGAAGGACGCUCAGUUAAAACAAUUCCUUACACCAAAAACUGAACAAUUAAAACCAGAACGUGUCACAUCUCAGGUAUCUAAUUUGAAGAAAAAAGAAGCUACAGCAGAUUCUCAAACCACAACAUCUAAGUCAUUACAGAAUCAGUCUCUGAAAGAAAAUCAGAAGAAGCCAUUUGUGGGAAGUUGGGUUAAAGGCUUAAUAAGCAGGGGUGCUUCUUUUAUGCCGCUCUGUGUUUCAGCUCAUAAUAGAAACACUAUAACUGAUUUACAACCUUCAGUUAAAGGGGUAAAUAAUUUUGGUGGCUUUAAAACUAAAGGUAUAAACCAGAAGGCCAGCCACGUAUCCAAGAAAGCUCGUAAGAGUGCAAGUAAGCCUCCUCCCAUCAGUAAGCCACCAGCAGGCCCUCCAUCGUCUAACGGCACAGCUGCCCACCCACAUGCUCAUGCUGCUUCAGAAGUUUUGGAAAAGUCUAGAAGCACCUCAUGUGGAGCUCAACUCAACCACAGUUCUCAUGGGAAUGGUAUUUCUUCAGCAAACCAUGAAGACUUGGUGGAAGGUCAGAUUCAUAAACUUCGUCUAAAACUUCGUAAAAAGCUAAAGGCAGAAAAGAAGAAAUUAGCUGCUCUUAUGUCUUCCCCGCAAAGCAGAACAGUUCGAAGUGAAAAUCUAGAACAGGUGCCCCAGGAUGGGUCUCCAAAUGAUUGUGAAUCAAUAGAGGACUUGCUAAAUGAGCUACCAUAUCCAAUUGAUAUUGCCAAUGAGUCUGCAUGCACCACUGUUCCUGGUGUUUCCCUGUACAGUAGUCAAACUCAUGAAGAAAUUUUAGCGGAAUUAUUGUCUCCUACACCUGUUUCAACAGAGCUGUCAGAAAAUGGGGAAGGUGACUUUAGGUACUUGGGAAUGGGAGAUAGUCAUAUCCCACCACCAGUACCAAGUGAAUUAAAUGAUGUUUCCCAGAACACACAUCUGAGACAGGACCAUAAUUAUUGUAGCCCCACCAAGAAAAAUCCAUGUGAAGUUCAGCCAGACUCUCUGACAAAUAAUGCCUGCGUUAGAACAUUAAACUUGGAGAGUCCAAUGAAGACUGAUAUUUUCGAUGAGUUUUUUUCCUCCUCAGCAUUAAAUGCUUUAGCAAAUGACACAUUAGACCUACCUCAUUUUGAUGAAUAUCUGUUUGAGAAUUACUGAAUUAAUGCUUGUUAACUUUUUUUCAUAUAAUAUUUAUUACUAUUAGAAGAACUUACUAUGUGUUCAGGUAGUGUUUAUACACUGGACUUGUGUAAUUACUUGUGUAAUAACCAUGAACAAAAUGCAAGGUUUGACCUUUGGUUCUGCCCAUGAAGCAUGUAAUCUUUCUUACACAUUAAAAUCAUUUAAUGUGU